UCGCCCCUCAAGAUGUGGCACAGCGUCGGGCUGACGCUGCUGGUGUUCGUGGCCACGCUGCUGAUCGUGCUGCUGCUGAUGGUGUGCGGUUGGUAUUUUGUUUGGCAUCAUUUUUUGUCAAAAUUCAAGUUCCUUUGGGAACUGGUGGGAGACACAGGAUCCCAGGAGGGACAUCAUGAACCCUCAGGGUCUGAAACAGAAGAAGACGCGUCAGCAUCCCCACACAGGAUCAGAGCUGCUCGCCAAAGGAGGGCAGCUGCUGAUGAAGGCCACUGA